ACUCUAUCUCAUACUUCAUAGAGUUUUGGUCAAAUCAGGUUCCUAUCCAAAUAGAAAUUUCAAGUUGAACGAAAGUCAUACAAAUCCAAAUCCCGCGCCCUGAAAUUCUUCACAAAAUUACAAGUUUUAAUCAUAGUUUUGAGUUUUCACAAGUGAAGUGAAAGAUCCAAGUUACGAUUCCGAAGAAGCAAGCUUGUUUUCUCUGGAGUGGUGAAAAAAGGGGCAUGGACGAAGAUCAAAUAGAAGGUUGUGUUAGUGGGUACCUAAAGGACAAAGGGUUUACGCAAAAGGAUCAACUCUCCAACACCGAUUCCUCUCUUCAACCUCACACUCUCAAUCGCACUCAAUUGGAGAGAGGUUCUGCUAGAUACCAUGAUGGGUAUGGUAGGCUGAGAUCAUGGGCAUACAGGUCACUUGACUCAUACAAGCAUGAGUUGUUACGUGUGCUUUAUCCUGUAUUCGUCCAUUGCUUCAUGGAUCUUGUGGCAAAAGGGCAUCUUCAGGAAGCUCGGAACUUUUUCAAUACCUUUCGUGAAGACCAUGAAAAGAUGCACUCACGAGACCUUCAAAAGUUAGAAGUGGUUAUUUCUCCUACUCAUUUUGAGGAAAUGGAGUUCGCUCAUUCGCUUAGGCAGAGCAAAUUCAACAUAAAGAUAUGUGGGUAUUCUUAUGAGCUUCUGUUGCAACAUCUCCACAGUAUGCAAUCCACCACUAUAAUUGGUAUUAUCAAUGAUCAUAUUAACUUCCAAGUUACAACUGGACAACCUAGCUCAAUUUCUGAUGAUCCAGAAGCUGUUGCCCUCGCUGGAAGCAUCCAGGAUGUAGUAAACCAGAUAAAUCAGAAAGAAAUACUUUGGGGGUUGCUUGAAGAUUCUGUAGAUGACCACAGAGAUAAAGCUGGGGCCUUGCUUUCAGACACAGAAAAGGGAGAAGGGGAAGCCAAGGAAGGGGAUAAUGAUGAGAGUAAGAAAAGGUCAAUUGAUGGAGGAAAGCAAGGUGGUUCCAUAAAAAAGGUAAAAAAGGACAAGGCUGGAAGUGCAACAGGGAAAAAUGCAAAACCUGAAGCUAAUGCUAUAUCAGCAACACCUUGCCUGAAACCAGAACUCCCCUUGCUCAUAGGUUCAACCGAGGUAGAACUGUCUAUCCUGGAAGAUUUAAGGAAUCGUGUACAAUUGAAUAGCGUUGCCCUGCCUUCUGUUAACUUCUACACAUUUGUCAAUACACAUAGUGGUUUAAGCUGUUCAUCAAUAUCGCACGAUGGAUCGCUAAUUGCUGGUGGAUUUUCUGACUCAUCAGUAAAGGUUUGGGAUUUAGCAAAACUUGAACAGCCCACCACUUCUUUCUCACAGAGAGGAAAUGACACAUCACAAAAUGAACAAAUUCUUGGACCAAAUAGUGGGAAAAGGCAGUACACAUUGUUUCAAGGUCAUUCAGGGCCAGUCUAUGCAACCACUUUUAGUCCCACUGGGGAUUUUAUUCUUUCCUCUUCAGCAGACAAAACAAUUCGAUUAUGGAGUACAAAGCUUAAUGCCAAUCUUGUUUGUUACAAGGCUCACAAUUACCCUGUCUGGGAUGUUCAGUUUAGUCCGGCUGGGCAUUAUUUUGCCAGUUGUUCACAUGACAGAACAGCUAGGAUUUGGUCCAUGAACACUAUACAGCCUUUAAGAAUAAUGGCAGGGCACUUGUCAGAUGUCGAUUGUGUGCAGUGGCAUUCCAACUGCAACUACAUUGCUACUGGCUCUAGUGACAAAACAGUUCGACUAUGGGACGUGCAGAGUGGGGAAUGUGUUCGGGUUUUCAUUGGGCACAGGAGUAUGAUUUUGUCUUUGGCAAUGUCUCCUGAUGGUCGCUAUAUGGCAUCUGGUGAUGAAGAUGGCACAAUCAUGAUGUGGGACCUCUCUAGUGGCUGUUGUGUCACCCCUUUAAUCGGUCACACCUCAUGUGUUUGGACACUUGCUUUCAGUUGUGAAGGUUCUCUUCUAGCAUCUGGAUCAGCUGAUUGCACUGUAAAAUUUUGGGAUGUAACUACGGGUAUAAAAGUUCCAAGGAAUGAAGAAAAAAGUGGGAAUACUAACAGAAUCAGAUCAUUGAAAAGCCUGCCAACCAAAUCAUCUUCAGUUUACUCUUUGCAGUUUUCUCGAAGGAAUCUUCUUUAUGCAGUUGGAGCUCCUGCAAAGUGUAGUUGAUAGAAUGUCUACAAAUUUCGAAGUGGCAAUUCUGACUUGAAGACCCCAAAAAAGCUAACGCUGUGUUAUACAGUUUUCUUUUUUAUUUGUAAAUUUAUCUACGGUAAAUUGAAUUAAAAUAUUCUGUCAGCAAGUUUUGCUAAUCUAUGCAUUUUUCUUUAAAGGUGCGUAAUUUACUGUAAAAUUAUUAAGAGAAGGGAAGAAUAUUGUAGCCUUAUGCUCGUAUUGUGACUUUGUUUAAAGAACUUGCUGAAAAGCCAUUGAAAAAAAUUGUUCAAUGUUUUAGUAUAUACUCGAGCGUUGAAUAGUAAUAGAUGCAAGCAGAUAUCGGUUUGCCU